AUGCCCAUCGCACUCUCUCCGCCGACCCAGCCACGGAACGGCCUGACCAAGUUCACCAACUGUCGGCUGGUCAAGGGCGACAGGUUCGUGAGCGAGGAUCUCUGGGUCAGCUCCAUCUCGGGCAAGAUCAUCCACAGCCAAGCAACCUUUUACGACGACCUGAACCUGCCCGACGAGACCAUCGACCUCGGGGGGCGCAUCGUCGCCCCGGGCAUGAUCGAGUGCCAACUCAAUGGCGCCUUUGGCUUCAACUUUUCGACCCUGCUCGACGACAUGACGCAGUACGGCAAGAAUGUCAAGGAGCUCAACCGACUGCUCAUCCAGACGGGCGUCACGUCCUAUACGCCUACCAUCACCAGCCAGCGGCCAGAGCUGUAUCAAAAGGCCCUGCCGUAUCUCGGUCCGUCGGGGGGCCGGCGCAUCGCCGAUGACGGAGCCGAAUCGCUGGGCGCCCACUGCGAGGGCCCCUUUCUCAACCCGACCAAGAACGGAAUCCACGACGUCGACGUCUUGAUCGAGGCUGAGACGUUUUCGGACCUCGAGGCCUGCUACGGCGCCGAGAACCUCAACCCCAGGGCGCCCGGCGACACGAUACCCGUCAAGGUGAUCACGGCGGCCCCAGAGCGCGGACAGAUGCUGAGGCUGAUCCCCGAGCUCACAUCGCGGGGCAUCAUCUACUCGGUCGGCCACUCGGAGGCGACGUACGAGGAGGCGUCCGAGGCCGUGGGACAGGGCGCGACCAUGAUCACGCAUCUCUUCAACGCGAUGCGGCCGCUGCACCACCGGAACCCUGGCAUCUUUGGGGUGCUGGGCCACGCCGAGAGCCUGCCGCGGCCGUACUUUGGAGUUAUCGCCGACGGCAUCCACCUGCACCCGACGACCAUCAAGAUUGCCUUUAACGCACAUCCAGACGGCUUCAUCCUCGUCACCGACGCAAUGCACCUGGUCGGGCUGCCCGACGGGGCCUACCCGUGGACCAACGGCGACCAGACGUGUAAUAUUGUCAAGAAGGGGUCGGAGCUGUUGCUCGAGAACUCGGCGACGAUUGCAGGAAGCUCCAUCACGCUGCUUGAGUGCGUCAACAACUUUCUGCAGUGGUCCGGCACGGACAUCCCACAGACGCUCAGGGCAGUGACGUCGACUCCGGCGGCCAUGCUGGGGCUGCAAGGGGUCAAGGGGACGCUCGAUCCGGGAGCCGAUGCCGACUUGGUCAUCCUUUCCGAGGAGACGCGAGGCAGCAGUAGCCAGCUGGUGCUGGACGAGGUAUGGAAGUUUGGGACGAGGCUUUACCGAGCGGGCAAGUUGAGGUGA